AUGUCUCGAGACUCGGGUCGAACCAACAAUCGAUCUCAUCAGGGAAGACGAUCGCCUGUUCGGCAAACGGGAAGAUCGCCAGUUCGACGACAAGGGAAAUCACCAAUUCGACGACAUGGAAGAUCACCCGCACGACGACAAGAAAUUUCUCCCAUUCGAAAAACAAGAAGAUCACCUGCCAAUCAACUUUCAAAUUAUGAAAUCGCCCAACAGAAAGUAAGAGAACUACAAGAAGAACUACAUCAGAAAAAUAUUGGUUUAGUAGAGGAAGCGAAGCUCCUUGAACAAAAUUAUGGAUUAACCGUCGAUUUGGCUCAAGGAAGCUAUUCUUCGUCGCGUGGUUCAGGUGGCGCUUCGGUAACACCACGAUCUAGGGAUCGAUAUGAGACCUCGUCACCAAUUCGCAUCGAUUCCACGGAGCCAUUUCGAGGCCCUGAAUAUAUCAAUGGAGAGUUUUCUCAAAUAAACUAUGCACCACACGAACCGUUCCCGCAGAACGUGGAUCCAUACAACGCUUAUGCUGGUCUACCGGAUUAUAAUUCCUACGAUCGUCAUCAACCACGAAUGUACCACGAAGAUGUGGAAGUUCGCGUCGAUGAAAUGCCCAUGUGGCCGAUGAACGAUUCUCCUCCACCUGGAAUGCAACAACAAUCUCCUGAGCGCCAACGCGCUUUUUCGCCAACACCGGCUUGGCGUCAUCAAGAGAACGUGGUCGUGGAUCCGAUGCCAGUGUUUCCAAUGCAUGGAGAAGACGAAGAGGAUCCUGCAAAACCACCUCAGGACAGUCGCGACGAGAAAGUUCGUAUUCAAAUGAUGAUGAUUGCUCGACAAGCUGAAUUGGCUGAAAAAGAACGUCAGAAGGCUCGGUUUGUAGCACCGGAAGAACCUCAGCGCACAAGAUUAAGAUCCGAUACGAGCGCAGCAGAUCGAGAAAGAGAGAAUCAGCGAAAAGCUCGUCAUGAAAUCGGUAAAAUUCGUGUUCAAGUUUUGGAUGAUAUGCGGAAAAAGGAGAAGGAGAAAGAUAUCAAGAAAAGAGAGAUGGAACGAAAAAAAAGACACGCGUUGCAGGAGAAAAAAGAAGAAGCUGAAGCUGCAAAAAGGAGAGAAGCUCGGAAAAAGCAUGAGGAUUAUUCGAAACAGGCAGAAUGUGACGAAUUCUUCCUGAAAUAUUUGAAUCCAGCGAUCGGAAAGAUUGAAUACGAAGUUACCAAGAUUGAAGGAAAAAGUCCCACCGAAUAUGUAGCAAAAUGUUAUGCAGUGAAUAUUCCUAAAGAGUUGCUUUAUGGAUCGAAAUUCGAUGAAAUAAAAGGAGAAUGCUACAAAGGAGCAUUCGUCAACUACGUGGACAAGCUUGUAUCGCUUGGAGUCAUCGAUGAGCACUCACGGAAGUCCAUGAAACGUGUUGAGAAGUUAUCAAGAUUCUUGGCCGAACUUGUUGAGCCAUUGUGUAAUGAUAUUGCCAUUUUUGGAACUCAAAUUAGCGUGUCCGAUGCUCGUGAUAUGAGAAAUGGGUUCGACACAUUCGCCAAAGAGAAAUGUGCCGAGUUUUGGAAUACUUCGAGCAACAAGAAUAAGCUGUCGGAUUUCAUGCGACGUCACGACAGGAAGCGGACUCGUUCUAGAUCUCGCGAAACGAGAUCUCGUGAUCAUAAAAAAUCGGAAAAUGGAAACAGUCGUCGUCGUGAGACCCAUCGUCUUCCAGCUGCUCCAUCGCCUACCAAUGAAGCGUCGCUUAAACAGCUAUUUGCCGCUACCGCAGGAAACGGUGUUCCCGUUGAAAAUGAUGCUUCAGUUGGAAAUCCGAUGAUGUCUUUCAAUCCAUGCACAGCUCCAACAACGCUUCCGUCACUGAUGUCAGUUCCGGUUCCACCACCACCACCACUACCACCACAACCUGCGAUGAUGAACAACUACAUGCAGCCGUCGCCGAAUUUCUACCCUCCACAGCAACAGUUCCCGUCACCAGUUAUGCAAGGAUUCGGUCAGUACUCGCAGCCAAUGAUUCAUCAGCAAAUGCCGCCGCCGCCUCAAGGAUUCCAGCAGCAGCAGCCGUAUCAGCAACAACCAAUGGGUUCGGGAUAUGAGUACAAUAAUUCCCGUCGGUAUCCCACUGAUUCUGAUUUAAUGGAUGAGAUUUUCACAUAAUAAUUAUUAUUGUAGAUGAUGUUCAAUUUGCUAAUAAUAUCUACUUAAUGUAUUAAUAUCCGUGUUUCGGGUAGCCUCCUCAUGAUAUAUCGCCCCCACCCCAAAUAUUCUGUUUCUGUGCACUACAACCGAAUUUCGAUCACCCCACUUUCAUCAUGACCGUUUUUUAAUAUCCAGAAAUGUUAAAUUUUUAUAAUUUCCCCUGUUUAAUCAUUUUCCGGCUCGAUUUUUAUUAGAAACUUGGAUCUUUAGUUUCUUAGAUUUUUGUAUUAAUAAAUCCAAGGUCACUGUGU